AUGCGGCUAGUGCCUCUCUUUGUGUACGGCUCGGAUGCGCCUGGUGGGGGCCCCGUCGGGCAGGGCGCCUGCGCUUACAGUUUGCUGCUGCUGGCGACAACGGGGGCUGGCCAGCUAGUGCAGUGCGAGGUGGCUGCUGCUCCCGCUGCUGCUGCUGCUGCUGCUGCACCAGCAGCAGCAGCAGCAGCCAGACCUGCAGAAGAGUCCAGGGGGAUCGUUCCUUUCUUCGUCGAUGAGGCGAUCCCCGUGAGGCCUUCCAGAGGCGCAGGAGCAGCAGCUGCUGCUCCGCCUGCUGCUGCCAGUGCUGCAGAGUCUGCUGCUGCUGCUGCUGCUGCUGCUGCUCCGCUGGUGCAGUACAGCAUCACAGAAAUCUGGAGAGACACCGUGGAGCAGGAGCAGCUGCUUUGCUGCGCCUUCAGCAGCAGCGGGGAAGUGUUUGCUGCUGCAGGCAGGGGCCGCACAAUUUAUGUUUAUUCAACUGCAACAAAAGCAAAAGUUUAUUCUUUGAAAAGAGCUGCCCCUGAGAACCCCCUGGUCUUGCUGACGCUAUCUGCUGCUGCUGCUGCACCUGCGCCUGCAGCACAAGCAGCAGGAGCCGCGACACGAGGGCAGCAGCAGCAGCAGCAGCAGCAGCAGCAGGAAGACGCGCCUGCUGCAGCACCUGCUGCAGCAGCCCAGGCUGCCACAGGGGCAAGAGGAGGCCCAGCUGAACGCGGCCUGCCCCUUAGAAGUGCAGCAGCAGCAGCAGCAGCAAUGAAGUUUGGGGAGGGCCGCCUGGCUGCUGCUGCUGCUUCCCGUGGUGCAGCAAGUCAUGGUGUUGCCGGCGUGGCUGCUGCCUCGCGCGGGCCUGCAGCAGCAACAACAGCAGCUGCAGCACAGGCAGCAGCAGGCGCAGCAGCAGGCGCUGCGCCAACUGCUGCACAAGCUACGGGAUCCACUCCAGCAGCAGCAGUAGCAGCCCAUGGCGGCGUCUUGACACUUCGUCGGUCUCCUGCUGCAGCAGCAAAACACCCACCGGCUGCUGGUGUGGGGUCCUUAGAGCACCACGCACAUGGCAACCGCAUUGUGCAGGUGCUGCUGCUGCUGCUGUUGCUGCUGCUGCUGCUGUCGCUAGUCGUGCUGCUGCUAUUGCCUGUGUCAUCGGACCAGGUCGCUGCUUAG